AUGGCCCAGAAUGGUCUGUCAAGCUUGGAGAUUGUGCUUGUUUGCCUGUUGGCGAUGGGCGUCGCCAGCACGGCUCGCGCGAUGGGCCCUUUCGCAAGAGGCAACACGUUCCCUGGAACAUUGAGAUGUAUAUUGCGUGCGAAUUUGGCGGCUAACGGCGUCGUUGGAACUAAGGGAGCGGCCAACUCGCAAGGCACGCUCGACAUCUACGUAUACAGCUUCAGGAACCAUAUCAACGUGCGAGUGAUUCUUUUCUCUUACGGCCUUGACACUAGCUCGAAGCCUCUAAACCAAACAAUCAAUUUCGGGCCCAAGGGAAUGAAUGGCGGAUGGCUGUGGAAUGUGACUGGAACGUGGGUGCCACAGAGCGACAACCAGAUGCAACUCGACUCAUGGUUCAUGCAAGCGAAAGGAAUGCGACCUCUUGGCGCGUACAAGAGCGUAUAUAGGAUGAUAAUGGCGUUCCACCUCAGGCGCGACCUUCCAGGCUUGCUGCUUCUACUAUCUCUCUUCGUCGCGAUAGCCUCCGCCUUUAACGGAGUCGGACCCGUCGAACGAGUCGCCCCGCCGCCUGGGAUUCUAAGAUGCAGCUUACGGGUAGACCUGAAGGACAACGACGUUAUGAGCUCGUCGCUCGGCGGGGAUCUCGGCGGUCAUGGCGAUCUAAACAUCUACGUGUACAAGUUUCAAGGCGGGAUUGACGUUCACAUCAGUUACAACACGCACGAGCUCUCCCUCCCAAUGCCGCCUCUCAACCAAUCCAUUAACCUCGGGAGACGUGGCGCGAACGGUGACGUGGUGUGGAACAUCGAAGGAACGUGGACGCAACGAAACGAGGAUCAGUUGGAGUUGAAACGCGUGUUCAAGCGCGCGGUGCAUGUCAUGGUCCCCGGUACAGGCAUGUCCGUUUACAAGAUGGUGAAAAUGAUUGAGCGGAAUCCAGGCAAAUACUAUGCGACAAUCGCUACUGACAUGUACCCCGAGGGAGCGAUUCGCGGGCAGUUUUUCCGCGGCUUUCCAACCCAGCUAAUCCCUAGGCCCGCAUGCUAG